GAUUUCCAGCGUCGAGUGCCAGAUUGUGUCUAUAUCAGGAGAGAAGCUCAAAGCUAAAGCACAUGGCAUCGGCUGCCACACCAGCAUUUCCUUCUACAAAGGAGACAACCAACUAUGCUCGACUCUGUCGCCUUCUGGUGGAUGUUGGAUCCCAAGCCUUGAGAGACACUUUUGAUGCCAUUCACCCUGCAGGAGGACUUCAUAUAGUUUUGGGGCGUCACCCAGAGCAUGCAAUACUAAAAUCUCUAAAGAACAAGAGAGUCUUGAAUCCUAUGCAAUGGGGGAAGCUGUAUCCAACUAUUCCAUCAUCUGUUUCAUCUGCAGGGUUUGAUAUCACACUACUGAUGGUGUUACUAAGGAACAUCUGUAGGUUGGCUCCUCCCAGCACUGGAUGGGACAGUCUUCCCCCUCCUGCAGAUGUGAGUAAGCAGGCCAACAUCGCCAGGCUGAAAUACUACCGAAAUACUGUGCAUGGCCAUGCCAGCCAAGCCUCUGUAGACGAUGCUGCAUUUAACAGCUACUGGCAGGACAUUAGUAAUGCCAUAAUAGGACUGGUAGGAGCUGGUUAUGGAGCUGCUAUCAGUAAACUUAAGAAUGAGUGCAUGGACCCUGAUACUGAAGAACACUACAGGCAGCUGUUGAAGCAGUGGAAGGAAGAUGAAGACAAUGUCAAAGAAGAGCUCCAAGAAAUUAAAGAUAAACUGACGAAUGACUUUGACUGGAUAAGAACUGAAGUUGGAAACCUACGUGAUAAGCUGGACACUUCAAUGACACGUCAACAUGAGGCGCAAGAUCAGGAAAAAAUGACAAAUGACAUUGAUCAGAUGAGAAGUGAAGUUGGAAACAUACAAGACAAGUUGGACGAUUUGGUGGCACAACAAAGAGAAACGAAGCAGCAAGAUGGAUUUGACCCAAAUGAAAUUAUUAAAAACAUUCGUCAACUCUACAAAAAUCGGGAAGGCUGGCUGGCACCGUUUCCCUGGUGUGAAGACUUUCACUUCUCCUUUGACGACAUCUUCACCAGACUUAGAGUCAUCUACAGAAAGAAAACGAGAGGAACAGCAACAGACCGAGUUGUCACGAUGUCUGAAAUCUUCAAUCAGCACCAAGAAUGUGAAGAACCAAGAGUAGUGCUAAUUGAAGGGAUACCUGGUACGGGAAAGACAACUUACUGUAAAAAAGUUGUUUUCGACUGGACCACAAGAAAACACGCAACUGGAAAUUGCUUCACAAACUUUGUAAUAGUGCUUUUGAUCAAAUGCCGUGAUGUUCAGUCUGACCUUUGGGAGGCUAUUGAAGAUCAACUUCUGCCUCGAGAAGUUGGUGAAGACCAACGAGAGAGAUUCUUCGACUUCAUUCGCCAUAAUCAAUCUAAUGUUCUUCUGAUACUCGAUGGACUGGAUGAAGUUUCUGAGAAGAAGCUACCUAUGUUUUCAGAAAUUAUUCAAGGCCGUGUACUGCCAAACUGUCGCGUGAUUGCUACGGCACGACACGAAGCUGGAGUCAAAGUUCGAAAGUACUGCGACACGCUGCUAGAGGUCGAGGGAUUUACUGAAAAAGAUGUUGAAACCUUCAUCAGAAAUUACUUUAGAGCCAGACCAAAAUUGGCCGAGCAGCUUAUCAAACACCUGUAUGAUGACGACAACUUAUAUGAAAUAUUGACGAAUCCUCUCAACACUGCGCUUCUUUGCCUGGUCUAUGAAGAUUUGAACGGUGUUUUUCCUGAAAGCAGAACGAAGCUGUACAUGGAAAUAGUUGAGUGUGUAUUGAGAAGGUACAGAACAAAGCAACAACUACCGGAAAACGGCGAAGACCUUGUGGACCUUUACGAGAGUCAAUUGAAACACCUUGGUUCGAUAGCUUUGAAGGGUUUACUUGAAGACAACUUGGAUUUUGACGAGAUGGAGCUCGGAAAACACGAAGCAAGCAAUUUACCUGGAUUGGGAUUUCUGUCAGUUCAGCCUGGAGGCAGUAAGCUAAGACCAACUAGACGUUAUGGCUUUCUUCACAAGACUUUCCAAGAAUUCUUCGCAGCGUUCUAUCUCAGUUGUCAGCUUAUCAAGAAAGAAAUCACCACGAACAGCAUAGCUGCUAACAGAAAAUAUCGCCAUCAGCUGAAAGAAGUGCUUCUGUUUACAUUUGGUAUGAUUGCAGCACGAUGCGAGGAAACAGUGGUGAACCUUCUGAAAAGUAUAGCAGCACAGGUAAACCAGGAAGAAGAGGAAGACGUGACUAUUAUAUUGGAGUGUGUUAAUGAAUGCAAAAAGGAGAACAAAAUUGUUGAUGAAAAAUUGGCUUCUGCUCUUGGCGCUUAUCUCCAAAUUGAAACUGUUGCUAUUUCAAGAGUUAAAGUAGAUGAAACUUUAGCUGUCUUUUUAAGCAACUUUCUUAAAACAAAUACAACUGUGACAACGUUUACAUUGACUGACUCUUCGAAAGAUGGGGCUAAGUCUCUGGCUGAGUGUUUGAAAUAUAAUACAUCGCUGACAACGUUAGAUUUGAGACUCAAUAAUAUUGGUGAUGAUGGUGCCGCUGCUCUGGCUGAGUGUUUGAAACAUAAUACAUCGCUGACAACGUUGUAUUUGCAUGGUAAUGGAAUUGGUGAUGAUGGUGUUGCUGCUCUUGCUGAGUGUUUGAAAUAUAAUAAAUCGCUGACAACGUUGGAUUUUUGUGGUAAUGUAAUUGGUAAUGCUGGUGCUGUUGCUCUGGGUGAGUGUUUGAAAGAUAAUACAUCGCUGACAACGUUGUAUUUGUAUGGUAAUGGAAUUGGUGAUGAUGGUGCUGUUGCUCUGGCUAAGUGUUUGAGAGAGAAUACAUCUCUGACAACGUUGAAUUUGUUUUGUAAUAAAAUUGGUGAUGCUGGUAAAGAUGCUCUAGUUGUCGCGCAGAAGUGUCAUCCAUCUCUGAGAAUACUCUUGGGUUGAAUGGAAUCCUCUCAGAACAUGGAUACCUUGCCUUAGGACCAACUUUGAGAAGCAGUUACGUCAGGAUUAAGCAACUAUUAUUGACUCUGACCUUGAACAGGGUAAAUGUACACUAGCUUCUAUUUGUCGAUAUCAGUUUUAGUACAAGACUUAUGUAGCAUCUGUUUGCUAAGAUCAUUUACUUUUGUUAGAGUCUUCAUAAAAGCUGGCACGUUUAUAGUCAGGAGACCGUUCCCCUUUAUCACAAUCUUAUCUAUUCAGCCUUUACUCUGUCACGUUUGAUGCAUGAAGCUGUUAAAUGGAACUAUGCUUCAUCUGUAACGCGCAUGCGUGUAAACCAACAGAUUAUCCGCGCGAGGUUAAGUUGGAAACAUUAGACUGCCUCGGAUUUUGUUGUAAUUGAAAAUGGGAUGCAAUAUUUUUUUUGUCUUAAGCAAUAUUUCUUUAUUUUGAGAGGGACUGCCAUUAUUGGUUAAAGUGUAGAGUAAUUAUUUCUUUGGUGAUCAUUUAAUUGUUUCUCAUAGACUUUGCUUGUGAUAACGUGAUGAUACUUUCUAGCCUUGUGAGGAAAAAUUUUGAAGUUGAUAACUCUUAGGGUGCAAAGAGUUAAUUAAUUGAGUUAUUGCCAUGUUGUAUGGUAAGACUCUUUGUGAUGACCAUAUGAGUUUGUUGUAAGCUGUAAAGAACAAUUUAUUUGUCGAAGUG